AUGUCUAUCAACUAUAAUGCACAACCACAUGCAGUGGACGUGCCUGUUACCGAUAUGGAUGAUCCUGAGGAUGACAUUAUUUUUGCCGAACAAGCUUCUACACAACAGAAUAGAACACGAAGUUCGUUUUUAGAUAAUUUAGAUUUCGAAAAUAACAAUGCAAGGUCUGAGUCUGGAGGGAUCUUGAACAAGUUUCGGUCAUUUUUUGAAUCAAGACUGAGGCAAGAUGAUGAUUACGAAAUGGUUCUGCGUUUUGACGUAGAUAGUACAAACGAGAGUGAUGACCUAGAUAAUCAACCACCAAUCGACAUUAGAGAACGCAGACUUCAAUUAUUGGAGAAACAAGUCAAAAAUCGUACUGUUGUGGGUAGUAUAUUUUUACUUACAGUGGGUAUAUUGACAUUUGUGCUAUUUUUCAAUAAAAAUAGUGUUACACUUUUAUUGAAUACUGGACCAUCCCGUAAGAUCUAUUCAAAUUCAACACAUGAGUUUCACCAAACAACAAUAUUGAUAUCACUUGAUGGGUUCCACCCUCAUUAUAUCAACCCUUUGGACACCCCUACUAUGCAUAAUAUAAUGAAGAAUGAUUAUGGUGCACCAUACAUGACUCCUAGUUUUCCUUCCCUGACUUUCCCUAAUCACUGGACAUUGAUUACCGGAUUGUAUCCAUCUGAACACGGAAUAGUGGGGAAUACAUUUUAUGAUCCAGAGUUGAAAAAGCAAUUUAUAAACACCAAUCCUAAAGUUGGAGGGUUGGAUCCAGAUUUUUGGAGAGGCGGCGAGCCAAUUUGGAAGACCGCCAAGAGGCAAAAUGUUAGAUCUGCAGUUCAUAUGUGGCCAGGUUCAGAAGUACCACAUAUUGGCCCAACAGAUGAUUUUGAUAGAUACAAUGGGUCCGAAUUACUAUCUUCGAAAGUGGAUAGGGUUAUGGGUUGGAUAGAUCGUGAAUCCAUAGAGACAAGACCAGAAUUGAUUCUUACCUAUGUUCCCACUAUUGAUCAAUUUGGACACAAGUAUGGAAUUUCAGGACAAAACUUAACUGAGGCAUUGACUUAUGUCGACAAUUUUAUUGACCUCAUGCAACAAGAGAUUCAUAAAAGAAAUCUUGAUGAAAUUGUCAACAUGAUCAUUGUAAGUGAUCACGGAAUGGCUCCGACUUCCAAUGAUAGAUUGCUCUAUCUUGAUGAUUUGGUAGAUUUGGACAAGAUUGAGCAUAUUGAUGGAUGGCCAUUGUUUGGCUUGCGACCUAAGGGGGACAUUAAUGAUUUUUACACUGAACUUUCAGAUAACUUUGAUAACCUAGAUUCCAAAGUGACAUCACAUUAUCAUAUAUAUAAAGUUGAGGAUAUACCACCAGAGUUUCAAUUUGGUGGUGAAAUAACUGCUCAUAAAUACAAUUACCGCUUAGCCCCAAUCUGGAUACUUCCUGACGUUGGAUAUUCAAUUACUACACAUAAACAAAUGGAAGACAAUGGGUUUCAGUAUAAACCCAAAGGUGUUCAUGGGUAUAAUAACACUCACUUGCUAAUGAGAGCAAUAUUUUUAGGAACUGGACCAUACUUUAGAAACAAAAAUUUAAAAGUGGAACCAUUUGCCAAUACAGAAGUUUAUAACUUGAUUUGUGAUACAUUAGAUAUUGUACCUGCUCCAAAUAAUGGAAGCUUACCACAAGAAAUUUGGUCUCAAAAACUCCCUGAUGAAUGGAAAGAUGAUUUGACUUUCCCAAAUUUGCCAUUCCAAGUUGAGCAUAUUGUUAGAACAAAUGCAACUUAUGAUUUGCUUUGGAGAAAAGGGGACGAAGCUAAAAUUGAUCCUGCUCCAGUUCCAACAAAUAAGCAUCCGGUUGAAUCUAUGAAGUCAGAGGAGUCAACUAUUACCUCUCUAGAAACAGAAUUGUUGCCGAAACCAAGUGAUUUUAUUUCGUCUUCAACUGGCACCACAAUGGAAACGCUGACAACUACCAAAGCUCAUGAAGGAUUUGGAGAGAUUAUAGGAGAUAUCAUUGGUGGAAUUGGAGACGGCUUUGAUGCCAUUGGUGGUGUAGUGCAUGGUUUUAUAGACGAUAUCUUCAAUUGA